UCUGGAAAUUUACCGAUGAGACGGGAGUGCUGGACAAGGUGCUCUUCGGACUGCGACCCGUCCAUUAGUACGACAUAUCGCAUAUUUCAGAAAUAGUGGAGAAAGUCCGAUUUCUCGCGACGCUGCAGCUGUUUUUGCAAGCUACCUCGCCAUGGCUCCUAUCUACUACGAGACGGGUGGACACCUGAUUGCCGCCAGCAUCUCUUUAGCGGUGGUAAACGUAAUUGCGGUAGCGACAAAAUUCUGGGUCCGGCUCAGGUUCAAACAGCCUCUGUUGGCCGACGACUGGCUCUUGGUGCCUGCAACAAUUUUGUCUAUCGUGAUCGGGUCGAUGCUCAGCUAUGGUGCUUCAAAGCACACCCUGGGGCGUUUGACCAGUAUUCCCACUGGAGUUGAAAACCAUGCGGAGUUGGAAAUGGCUCGAUUGAUUGAAGCAAGAAAGAUCCAGUACCCCUUUCUGUUCUUGCAUCCACUGGCAAUGGGCCUGGUCAGAUGCAGCUUCCUAUUCCUCUACCUACGCAUCUUCUCUAUCAACAGACCUCGCGUUCUAGUCAUCGCGUCCAUCUAUGUCGUGUUAGCUUGGUCGCUGUCAUUCUUCUUCGCCGAGGUGUUCCAGUGUGGGACCCACUUCCGUUCCAACUGGGGCGCAACACCAGUCUUCGCAGCACAUUGUCCAAAAACGCUGAUGAUUUUGUUUAUCAAUUUCCUCACCAGCGCCAUUCUUGACAUCUACAUCCUUAUCCUGCCCAUGCCAUUUAUCUUGAAAUUGAAAUUGAAUGUCGUAAAGAAGGUUGGUGUGAUGUCAAUCCUGAUAGUAGGCUCAUCCACGGUUGUGGCUUCUGUACUCCGCCUUGCCAUCAUGGGCCCCCGCGCUCUGAUCAAGCAAAACGGUCGGGCGUUGACGGUUGAGAUGAGAUCUGCAAGUCUGGCAUCGACAAUGUACUGGGGUAUGGUGGAACUUGGGACUGCCAUAUUCGUAGCUUGUCUCCCUACGAUACAGAAACUGUUCAGACCGCAAGAUGGAGCGGGACUUCUUUCCCGCCUUGGUGCGACAUGGGCGUCGUCAAACCCCAAAAGUCACACCACAUCUUCAUCAUCGCCGUCGUUUGAAUCCAAGCACACGGGCAGGCCGCGGAUCAACGUCGACCGUACGGUCGACAUUGCGUAUGACGAGACGGACAGGGACAAUAGGCCAAUUUUGUAUGGAGUUGACAAUGCCUGGACGAAAUGCAGCAGGAAGAGCGAGGAUACGAGCGACAUUGAGUUGCAGUCAGGCCUGGCGAGGUCGGCUGUCUACGUCGAGACGAGGGCUGGAUGCUGAAUUGGUCUUCAGGAUGUCGCACUGCUUGGGACAGGUUGUGAUACGAACAAGGAUACAUGAUGAGAUUGCUAAUUGGGAGUACGGAGUGUAUGUCCGAUAGAUU